AUGGAAAGCGGGCUCCAGGAGGUCAUCUUGCCUAAUCGAGGCAUCGAGUCAUUUACCAAGAACGGCAUUGUCUGUAACAUUGUUGAGUACGAUACAGAUGUUGCGGUAUUUGGUACAGGAUUCGAGCCUUGGACCAGUGGAACCCCAUCUCAACGGGCUGGGUUCAAGAUCUUGGGUCGACAUGGUCUAGACAUGAAUGAUAAAUGGGAGAAUGGAAUCGAGACACUCCACGGCCUCAUUUCUCGCGGAUUUCCCAACCUUUUCAUAUAUGGAGUAAAUCAAACGGGAUCAACAGUCAACUACGCACACAUGGUGGACGUGACAACCUUUCAUGGCGUUAAAAUUGUCGCAAGUGCCGUAGCGCAAGCAAGUCCCGGGAGGACACGGCCAGUUAUAGAACCUACAGCGGAAGGAGAAGACGCCUGGACUGAGAAGAUUCUUGAAACGGCCUUUGCGUACGCAGGACUUGAUGGCUGCACUCCGAGUUAUACCACGGCAGAAGGGCAUGCAACUCGCAAAAUGUCGCCUGAAGAGUGCUUGAAGGCAGCAAGAGGUCUUAAUUGGGGAUUUUGGUCUAGUUGA